CUGUAUACUUUGAGUGAAUUAAAUGCAAGAAAAAUAUGCUUCUUGCUAAAUAUCUCACUACAUUUUUGUAUAUCAGCUCCCUAUGAAAUCUGCAGUGCAGAUAUGGGGGUUGUGUCCCCUUAAAUCCUUUCCCCACCCUAUAUAUGGCAAAGCCAGCUGGUUACUGGAGAACUGCCUAGACUUUUAAACUGGGCAACUGUGUACAAAAUGUUCCUCUUUGUCUAGACGUGCAGCUGAAUUGUCCCAGAGGCAGCGAGUGGACUGAUAUGAUGGGAGGUCAGAGUUUAAGUCUCUUUCUGCUGAUGUUCCUACCUGUGCUCACCCACAAUGUCACUGCAGAGAAGAGAAUCCUGGACAUGGCUCCCAAUGCUGUAGAUGACACCUUCUCAGAGUGUCGUGACAAAAUGAUACAGACUAUUACAGCACCAGGUGGCCUGUUGCAGAAAGAGCUCAAGGCCAGGAAGGAUUUUGCAGACAUGUGGAGGAGUCAUGGUGGAACUUGUGAGAAGCAAAUUUAUGGUGCAACACCUCAUCACUUGGCUGCACUUCAGGCUUAUGGGAAUUCUGGAGUUCAGUUCCGAAAGACGUUUAACAACAUGGUUCAGACCAAAGGCAGCAAUGCCACAACAUACAACGAUGAGUUUCCCUUCAAGUCUCUCCACUUUCUGCUAACAGAUGCUUUACGACUUCUUAACCCUGGCAAAGCAUGUUACACUGUGUACUUUGGCACGAGCAACCUAUAUACAGCAGAAACUGGGAAGGAGGUGCGUUUUGGGAGGUUUCUUCAUCCUAGACUUCAGCAGAGCCUUGAAAUUGAAGCAGCUGAGUCAGAAGGCAAAGGCACACUGUUCAACAUCAGCUCCUGUUCUGUGGUUAAUGUUGAGAACUACACGUGCACUUCUGAGGAAAUUGAACAGCUUAUUUCCCCAACUGAGGUCUUCAAAGUGAAGAGUAUCAAUCAUGUUUCAACUGAUGAAGCUGACUAUAAAAUAAUAACUUUAACACAUUCAGGCUUUCUGAGCAAUCAUGACUGCUACUACUCUACCAGCUCACCUUCUGGAUCCUCUGCUCCACUGCUGACCUGCAAGAUUCUGGCAUUGGUGUCCCUCUUUCUUGCCAUUCUUCUGCCAAAGAACCUGCUUUAAGAGUAAACAUAGAUUGCUUUGUAAUCCCAUAUUGUCUUCAUUAAACAAGUUAUUCCUCUUAAGACCA